GGCCUGCUGACUGCUUUGGAGAAGGGAAGCCAGGCAGCCUCAGGGUGGCCUGGCCAGGGUCUGGCGCCACCAAACUUGCACUUUCCGGUUUCCGAAGCCAGGUAGGGGGCGCGGGCAGCCAGCAGCUCCCGCCAAGUGGGUGAGAGCGCUCCGCCCGACCAACUCCGCUACCUGAGCCGGCAACCACGUCACCGCCACAUCAUCUGGCCUCUUGUAUUUGCACGGAACCAGGAAAGGGAGCGGCGGCGGGUGGCGCGGAGCGCGGGCGCCGGGAAGAUGCUGCAGUCCCUGGCCGGCAGCUCGUGCGUGCGCCUGGUGGAGCGGCACCGCUCGGCCUGGUGCUUCGGCUUCCUGGUGCUGGGCUACCUGCUCUACCUGGUGUUUGGCGCCGUGGUCUUCUCAUCCGUGGAGCUGCCUUACGAGGACCUGCUGCGCCAGGAGCUGCGCAAGCUGAAGCGGCGCUUCCUGGAGGAGCACGAGUGCCUGUCGGAGCCGCAGCUGGAGCAGUUCCUGGGCCGCGUGCUGGAGGCCAGCAAUUAUGGAGUGUCGGUGCUCAGCAACGCCUCUGGGAAUUGGAAUUGGGACUUCACCUCGGCGCUCUUCUUCGCCAGCACGGUGCUCUCCACCACAGGCUAUGGCCACACGGUGCCCUUGUCAGAUGGGGGCAAGGCCUUCUGCAUCAUCUACUCCGUCAUUGGUAUCCCGUUCACCCUCCUCUUCCUGACAGCCGUGGUCCAGCGUGUCACCGUGCAUGUCACCCGCAGACCUGUCCUCUACUUUCACAUACGCUGGGGCUUCUCCAAGCAGGUGGUGGCCAUCGUCCAUGCCGUUCUGCUGGGAUUCGUCACCGUGUCCUGCUUCUUCUUCAUCCCAGCUGCCGUGUUCUCUGUGCUGGAGGAUGACUGGAACUUCCUCGAAUCCUUUUACUUCUGUUUCAUCUCCCUGAGCACCAUUGGCCUGGGGGACUAUGUUCCUGGGGAAGGCUACAACCAGAAGUUCCGAGAGCUGUACAAGAUUGGGAUCACGUGUUACCUGCUCCUUGGACUCAUCGCCAUGUUGGUCGUCCUGGAGACCUUCUGUGAACUCCAUGAGCUGAAGAAAUUCAGGAAAAUGUUCUAUGUGAAGAAAGACAAGGAUGAAGACCAAGUUCAUAUCAUGGAGCAUGACCAGCUGUCCUUCUCCUCCAUCACUGAGCAGGUGGCCGGCCUGAAGGAGGAGCAGAAGCAAAAUGAGCCUUUCGUGGCCUCCCAGUCACCACCCUAUGAGGAUGGCUCUGCAAACCACUGAGUGUGGGCCGCCAGACCCCGGACAUGAGGCAGAGCCUUGACUGUGUCCAUUUUUACAUGAAAGUCAAAGAUAAGAUGAUGUUAUUUUAAGAAAUAUCUACUGUUAACAAUAUUUUAAAAAACAUGGAACUUUGGAUUCUUGGGGUGGGUUUUAAUCCCUUGGCAGAUGAGGUUUGCACCUGUAGCUCAUAGGAUACGUGAUCACCUGGUGCCACACACUGGGGACGAAUACUUGAAACAGUGUACUGCAGUGGGUGGAGGAAGAUUUUAUAUGUAACUGGGGACUCUGGGUUUGCAUUCCAAUCAUUUUGCCGACAGCUAAGCAGCAGCAUUUAUAUUUAUAAACAAAACAAAAAAGUCUAUAGAGGUGUAUUUUAUAAAUAGGUUUAAGUGUCCCGGCUUGCAUGUGCCUAUCCUAAAUGAUUAUUUUUGUAGAGUCUAAAUUAACUCUAUUUAUAAUGAAUAGGCCACCAUCCACUGUGUACAUAGAACAUAUAAAUAUGUUUAUAUUCUGUACAUAUGUGUAGCCUAACAGAUAUCCCUGUACUUCUUAAGCCAAGAUAAGAGAUAUUUUUUUCUUUUUGAUUUCUCUUUAUACUAAAGAACCCAGAAUUGCCACAACAAGCUAGGAAGCAUAACAAACUCAAGAGCAAAUCAGUGUGAUAUUCUCUUCCUACACACCUCUACCCUCUUGUGUAGGACCAGACAACUAGUGAGGAAGAGAGUUGGUGAGAAAGAAGGUGAAUCUUUUUGGUCUGGAAGGCAUGACGCCAUUUCUACCCACUUCACAGGUCUAGAGGGCAUACCACCAUUUCUACCCACCUCACGGGUCUAGAGGGCAUACCACCAUUUCUACCCACCUCACAUUAAAGCACAAUGGUAGUGCCCCGCUCCGCUGAACAGAUUAUGUCAGGUUAAUCUGAGAAUUCUACAUUUAGAAUCUGAAAUCAAUAAAAUCAUGGCAGAUA